CAGAGAACAGCCGGUUCGACACUGGCAUCAAAGCCUCGGAUUACGGUCUUUAUCCAGUAACAGUCUUUUCACUGGUCGGAGGAAAGCAAUGAGCACUCAGUUGACAUAUUUGAUUAGUUCAAAUGAAAGCAUUCAUGGUCUAAAUCCUCCAUAAAGGUCUGAAAGUCAUCUCCUGUGGGAUUAAUGCUUGCACUCAGGUACAUUUUUCCCCUUUGAGCCACUCUCGCUCCGGGGCUUCCUUUGACUGUGUGAGGUUUAUAGUCCAGAGACAUUUCACUGAAGCUUCAUAGGAACAAGCUACAAACCAUGGGCUGGCUCACUGGGAUUCUGGCACUCUGUUCCAGCCUGCUGCUUCCAGAUGCAGUGAACUGUCAGAAAGGGAAGAACAAUGUUCCAAGAUUGAAGCUCUCUUACAAAGAAAUGAUGGAAUUAAACAACGUUGUCACUUUUGGUGGCAUUGCAAACAGCUCCAGUUACCAGGUGUUCUUGCUGGAUGAGGAGAAAGGCAGACUCUUUGUUGGCGCCAAAGACCACAUAUUCUCUUUUAAUCUGAUUAACAUAAACAAGGAUGUUUUGAAGAUUGUGUGGCCUCCAACACCCAGCAGGAGAAAUGAAUGCAAGUGGGCAGGAAAGGACCUUGUGAAAGAAUGUGCAAAUUUCAUCAGAGUUCUGCAGCAUUAUAACCAAAGCCACCUGUACACCUGUGGAACUGGAGCCUAUCACCCAGUCUGUGCCUACAUUGAAGUUGGUCAUCGACCUGAGGAAAAUGUAUUCAAACUCGAAACAUCGCACUUUGAGAAUGGAAGAGGGAAAAGCCCUUAUGACCCAAGGCUGUUUACCACUUCUCUUUUAAUUGAUGGAGAACUUUAUUCCGGCACUGCAGCAGAUUUCAUGGGUAGAGAUUUUGCAAUCUUCCGCACUUUGGGACACCAUCACCCAAUAAGGACAGAACAACAUGACUCCAGGUGGCUGAAUGAACCAAAAUUUAUUGGUGCCCAUUUGAUACCAGAAAGUGACAAUCCAGAAGAUGAUAAGAUAUAUUUCUUUUUUCGAGAAAAUGCCUUGGAUGGAGAGUAUUCAGGAAAAGCGACUCAUGCCCGAAUAGGACAAGUGUGUAAGAAUGACUUUGGUGGCCAUAGAAGCCUGGUUAAUAAAUGGGUAACCUUUCUCAAAGCUCGUCUAGUCUGUGCAGUUCCCGGGCCAAAUGGCAUUGACACUCAUUUUGAUGAACUGCAGGAUAUUUACAUAAUGAAAUCUAAAGAUCCCAAGAAUCCUUUCAUCUAUGGCAUCUUUACUACUUCCAGCAACAUCUUUAAGGGCUCAGCUGUGUGUAUGUACAGUAUGUCUGAUAUAAGAAGAGUGUUCCUGGGCCCAUAUGCCCAUAGAGAAGGUCCGAGCUAUCAGUGGGUGCCAUUCCAAGGAAGAGUUCCGUACCCUCGCCCAGGAACAUGUCCUAGCAAAACCUUUGGAGGAUUUGAAUCAACGAAGGACUUUCCUGAUGAUGUAAUCACAUUUGCCAGAAGUCACCCAGCCAUGUACAAUCCAGCGUUGCCCAUCAACAACCGACCAAUCGUCAUAAAGACAGAUGUGGAUUACCAGUUCAGCCAGAUAGUUGUGGACCGAGUGGAAGCUGGGGAUGGCCAGUAUGAUGUCAUGUUUAUUGGAACAGAUGUGGGGACGAUUCUGAAGGUGGUGUCUAUUCCACGAGAGACUUGGCAUGACCUUGAGGAGGUAUUACUGGAGGAAUUGGCAGUGUUGAGGGAGCCAACACCCAUUACAACAAUGAAAAUUUCUACAAAACAGCAACAACUGUAUAUCGGCUCUGCUAUUGGCGUGUCUCAGCUCCCCUUGCAUCGUUGUGAUGUUUAUGGAAAAGCCUGUGCCGAGUGCUGCCUUGCCAGGGACCCCUACUGUGCUUGGGAUGGCUUCUCAUGUUCCAGAUACUUUCCUACUGCCAAAAGGCGCACCAGAAGACAGGACAUCAGGAAUGGUGACCCUCUUAGCCAGUGUUCUGAUCAACAUCACAAUGACAAUUUGCAUGAGCAUGAAAACAUGGAGGAAAAGAUUAUCUAUGGAGUAGAGAACAGCACCACUUUUCUGGAAUGCAUCCCCAAAUCGCAGCGAGCCAUGGUUUACUGGCAAUUCCAGAGACAGACUGAGGAACCCAAGGAAGAGAUGAAAGCAAAUGACCGAAUCAUCAAGACAGAACAGGGUUUGUUGCUACGAAGCCUGCAGCAGAAAGAUGCUGGGAUAUAUAUUUGUCAGACUGUGGAACAUGGCUUCAUGCAGACAUUACUGAAGGUGACCCUGGAAAUUAUUGACACUGAACAUCUGGAGGAACUUCUGCACAAAGAAGUUGAUGACAGCCUGAGGCCCAAGGAGACUCACAGCCUAAUUGCUCCAAACCAGAAGGUGUGGUACAGGGAUUUCAUGCAACUCAUAAACCAUCCCAACCUCAACACCAUGGAUGAAUUCUGUGAACAGGUGUGGCAGCGUGAUCGCCGUCGGAGGAAACAAAGACCGGCGCACACACCUGGAAACGGCAACAAAUGGAAACACUUACAGGAAAACAAGAAAGGUAGAAACAGGAGGACCCAUGAGUCGGAGAGGCCACCCAGAAGUGUCUAACAAUAUACACCUUUACAGAUAUUGAAUUCAAACAAAAUGCAAUACAUACAUUAACUAGUUCAUUGCAUUAUGUUGAUGUUUACAAGUAUAUGGGCUGCUCACCAGAUACACAACGGCCACCCAUUGUCUUUUUUCAUCUCCUUUAUUCUUUUUGUCAAUGCAGCAUGGUGAUUGUGAAUGCAUUUUGUAGUUGGACUGGCCUUGCUGUUUCAACAUCACAUGCAACUGACUGAAAUUCACCAACUCAGUUCAGACAACCUCCCCCAAAUGUUUGCUAAUGCCAGAAUGUGUUAACAAUUAAUUGCUACUUCCAUUAAAGGACUUUGUACAAUGAACACUGAACUGACGAAAGAUCAGGUGAGGAAAUCUAAGAUAUAUUUGUCAAUCCUUUCACAUGCCCACUACUGGUUCAGGCAUGCAGCAGGUCCUGACAAUGCUCUGGGUGUACAUGAACCUACAGAGGUGACCAGAGAGCCUUUCGAAGUGUGGCAUGUGUAAUCAGUUUACUGUGAUGUGAAACUGUUAAAUGCACGGGUCCUACUUUGACCAAAAGACAAUGAACAAGAAGUUCAGACAAACGCAUCUACUGAUGAACAUGAGAGUGGAAUCAAUGUCAUGUCAGUGGGAAGACAUUGGAUUCAAGAAGACUGAGUUGACUAAAUUGGCUGCAAUACUUACAGUCAGCACAGUCUGAAGAGCUGAAAAUGAAGACAUUCUAUUUUGUGUAUAUCAAUAACCCACAAGUAAAACUACCGAAUGCCAACACAUUGAAUUACUACUUAACAAUUAGCGGUGGAAAUUCGGGUGCUGUUUGAUUGUGAAGUAAGAGACAAAUGUUCCAUCUAAUUUGAAUAGAACUUCAAAAUGUUUACUCAGGCAUGUCAAAAGACAUUUAAUUUGUGUCCUGGUGAUGGUGCAUUUUAUGGAAAGAAGUUUUAAUGAAGGGUAUAAAUAUGGAGCUGACUGGUAGAAUAUUUGAUUCGACAAAAGAAAAUUCUCAACUUCAGUGAAGGUCAAAUCAGAUAAUAUUGGUAACUGAUAUAGUUUCAGGAGAGGAAAGUAGCUUUGAUUGUCAAUUGCUUUAAGUCUAGCACAUUAGUGUCAGUUAGUAAUGAAAUACACCAGUAAAUCUUCCUGAAAUAAUUUACUAUGCGCCUUUACUAAUACCCUGAAUGAAUCUCUUUGCUAAGGCUGUAGAAUGAUGGACCAAAUCAAAAUUUGAAAUGAUCCCAUUGUAGAGUUAAAAUAACAAUAGUAUAUGUUGGGGACAGCUGUAGGAUGUGUGGUAUUCUUUCUGCUAAUGUAACUCUUCUAAAUGUCAGAAAGACAAACAUGCUCUAAAAAUAAAAUAAGAUAGAAUGCAGUGAGAGUUUCAAAGCCCCAUGGACCAUGUAUUAGCAACUGUUGCAUUGAAAUAUAUUUUAAAUAACACAAUGGAGUUGGUGACAGUGCAAAGUUAGUCAAUUGUACUUGCCAGUAAACGAUACAUAUUGAAGUUGAGAGAUAUUAUUUGUAAUAAAAAUGACAUUUGUUGCUGUAUCUUAAUUGUUUAGGACUUUUCUUUUUGACCUGCACAGGUUACAUUUAAUAUCCUGUAAAACUAGUUCCCAACAGCUGAUAUAUUUGACUAUUUUACAUUAAGAUAGAGGGUCCAGGACUAUCCAUCACUUAAACUCACUUACUACCUCAGUUGUGCGAGAGGCAUCUGUCAUUUACCAGUCAUAUAACUGGAGGAUCACAUGAAAGUAAGCCAUUCCCUCGAGCUCUCUCUUUUUCUCUCUCUUAGCGAGAAUGAGCGGGUGAAGAAAAAGUAAAAUUACUCAUUACAAAAUAGCCAAUCAUGCUGUAACAUUGGUAGCAGUCACCUAGAAAUCAAAGGAGUAGAUUGUGGAGUAGGGAUGGGCAACAAAUGCUGGCCUAGACAGUAAUACUCGUAUGCAAUGAAAAAAAAGCCUUUCCCCUGGAGGAUAUAUAAUAUCCUGAAAAUGGAGACUGAGGAGGGGGAAACAAGACUACAAGAAACAAAUUGCAACACUAUCACAACAUGGAAAGAAUAGAGGCAAUGCUAGCUGUUGGAGUUUUCAGAACAGCCACAUGAUUUUUUUUUUACAAAACUGAACCCACUGCACAAAUAGUUCUCUUGACCUUGUUUGAGAAAAUAAAGUGGUUUCCAGAGCUCGCAGCUGUUUAAAAUAGCUUUCGUCACCUUCUGAAUUAUAUUUGAGAAUUACUCAGAACCUAAUAAGGAAGGUGGACAAUCUACCUGGAGGGGCCGAAUGCACAUUACUUAUUGCAAGAGUCCAAGUGAUAUGAUAAUGAGCGUAUUUCCUCCCAAUUUCAGGUUACUGACACUCUAACUUAUAAAGUAUAUAGAUCACCACUGUGCUGGCAUUAAAUAGAUGUCAGAGCAAAGAGCUGUCAGGUUCACUGGCAUUAUUUAAAUUGUUCUGGAACACUCAGAUAUUUCAAUGUCUACUUAAAUAUUUUCUUUAUCUUUCUCCCAAUUCAUUUCUUUCAAAAUGUUCAUGUAUGAUUUAUUUUUGUCCUUUUGCAGCAAAUUAUAUAUUACUGUGGAGAGAUAACAUUAGAUGGAUAAUGAAAUUCUUACAAUUCCUCUCCUGAUGCACCUCAUCUUCUCUUUGUUCUUAUGUGACAAUGUUGAAAUACCCUGAAAUGAAGGGUGCGUUGGAACAAUUCUGACUGGUAGCUAAAUAUGUGAAAUCCAACAAUCCCACAGCAAUGCAAAUCACAGAAAGAACGUUAAUUACAUGCUAACAGUCAGUGGACUGAUAAUCUAGUGGAGCAUUAGCUUCAUUGUCAUAAAUUAUUGUUUAAAGGAAAGGUUUAUAGACCAUAAACAACUAGAUAAAAGAUCAGGCUACUUCUUGUGAUUUUGAUGUGCUUUGUUUGCAGGAGAAAUUCAUAGUUUUAUGGUCUAUUAAAAGGUACUGUGUAAAAAAAAUGCAUGUGGAUGUGCUUUAUAAAUUGUUUUCUCCAGUAAACGAUAUUAGACGGUGAUCUUUUCCAUUAUUUAGUAAUUAGCAAUGCUCUGUGUUAAAUAGUUCAUCAUUUUGCUUAUCCACUUGCCUAGACUGGUGUAUAUAUAUUUUUGUUAGACAAAGAGGAACAAUAUUAUGUUUUAUUGCAACGGUGAUAGUCAGUUAGUUUUCAUAUGUAUGUACCAGCUAUUAUAGUGUCUAUAUAACCAGCCCAGAUGAAAUGCAAAAGGCUAUUUAUUUGGCUAUUCCUGAAACAAAAAGUGUACACUUUACAGUUAUUCAAAGCAUGUGUAUCUGGUAGAUAGUUGAUGAAUUUUCAUUUCUCUAUUUAUCGCUGCAUUUCUAAGGGAUACCAUAAAACUGGAAAGGAAUAUUAUGAAAAUGCUGCUGUAAAUUAUUUCUUUUGGCAUGUAUUCAGUUGUUGAAUAAACUUUUCUUUUAAACGA